AUGAGUUCUAAUGAAGAAAAUAUUAAUUUGAAUGUACAUGAUACUAACUUAAAUGAAAAUGUCGCUAGUGUUAAUGAAGAAAACAUUACUUUAAAUGAACAUGUUCAUAAUUUGAAUGAAGAAAAUAUUAAUUUGAAUGGACAAGAUAAAAACAUAAAUGAAAAUGUUGCUAGUUUGAAUGAAGAAAAAAUUAAUUUAAAUGAACAUGAUACUAAUAUAAAUAUAGAAAAUACUAAUGUAAAUGAAUCUAUAGAUAUUUUUGACCCUAGAAAUUGGGAUACUCUUGAUAUUAAAUCAAGAGAUAUUCUAAUUGAAAAAGGGCCAAUAAGAGAAAUGAAUCUUGUGUUUCCUAAAGAUAUAUUUUCUAGACAUUUUUCUUAUGCAUUUUAUACUAGAAAGUUAAAUAAUGGAUAUAAUGAUUGGAAACAUCUUAGUGAGAGACUUAAAGAACAUGAAAAUAGUAAUGAACAUUUUGUUUGUAUGAGUAAUUGGAAUGAAGCAAAACGAAGAUUAGAUAAAAACCUUACAAUUGAUAACGAAUUACAACAAGAAAUAAUAAAAGAAAAAAAAACGUUGGAGACAAGAGUAAUCCAAAUGAUGGUUGAAUAUGAUGAAUUUUUAAAAGUAGAUGAUACUUCUGGUUUGGAACUUUUUAAUGAAUUAUUAGAUGCAUUGAAAUUGUUAGAUCUUAAUGUGGAUGAUAUAAGGGGUUUUACAUCAAGUAUGAAUAUUGCUAAAACUAUUGCACUUGAUAUGGGUAUAGAGCCACAUUUCCAUCAAAACGUUAAAUUAAAGUCAUUAAGUGAAAGUGAACUUAAAGAAAGUUGUAUAAAGUUUGCUACUACUUUUUCUAAAGAAAAUGUUUCUGAUGUGGAUUCAAGUGAGCUUUUUUCAGAAUUGAAAGUGUUAAAAAUGAUUUUACCUAAUGAUAUAAUUUAUGUUGUUGAUAUUUUGGACUUUGUUAAAGCUCUUGAUUGUUACCCAAAUACUUUUAUUGCAUAUAGAAUUUUGUUAACCAUUCCUCCAUGGAUAAAAGUACUCAAGUUUCUUUUGGGUGGUUUAGAUCAAGAACAAAAUAGAUCAAAAGUGAAAGUAAAUAGAGAAACUGUGAAGGAAAAUUUAAGUUAUUCUCGACCUGUUGAUGAUGUGGAUGAUAGAAGUGGAAGAGUCCCACAAUUGAUGUAG